AGCCGCGGCCAUGUGCUCGAGCGUCGACGCUCGAUCGGCGAUCAGUCGUUGCCGCGCGCUCGCCGUGUUCACAUCGUGGUGUCUCUCUCGUCGCACGCGUUCGCCCCGUUUAUCGAAUGAGCGUGCACGUACGUCGCGUUUGAAGAGGAGAGAGAGAAGCUCGUUUUCUCUACGAUGACGUUGGUGUACCUCGAGGGUCGUUCGUCGCGCGUGUGAUCGAGAGGGAGGAUUGAGAAAGUUGGGAAGAAUCGAGAGAGAGAGAGGAAGGAGUAGAUAAAUAGCGAAGAGUAUCAUCGUCACGGAAGAUGCCAAGGUGAUCCUGUUUACCGCCUCGACGAGCUUUUACUUACUCUUCGACGUCUCGUUAUCUCGGAGGGAGGGAGGUUGUUGUUCCCCUUAUUUAGGGAUUAAUAAUAAUUGAAUCGAACGUGUGUAAUAACGUGUGGCGGCCGCGUGAAAAGAAGGGAAAAGUGGUUGGUGGACCAUUCUCGUCGUCUCCACGUUGCGUUUCACGCGUAUACUGGCGCGUUGUUCUCGCCGUACGGUGGAAUCGUUCACGAUUGUGCCGCGAUCAUGCACCACACGGCGCCCUGGUAUCUACCCUGGGGCCUGAAGCUGGUGCCACUGCCUAUACCGCCUGGACACCCCGCUUCCGGCAUCCCGAAUCCCGGAUUGCACCUGCUCGCACCCCUGCCGGGGAUCUACGCCCCUGAACCGCGAAAGGUCGAUCUGAAGCCCCUGCGGGAGGCGACGAUCGCCGUCCCGACGCCCAAGAUCUCCGAGAAGCGGAAGGCGGAGGAAGCCGACGCAAGCAAGGAUUUGAAAAAGGCGAAGCUAGAGACGAAAGCGUUGAAGGCGAAGAGGCCAGGAUUCACGGACGAGCGGUACAACGAGACGAGCUAUUACGUGGAGAAUGGGUUGAGGAAAGUGUACCCGUAUUACUUCACCUUCACCACGUUCACGAAGGGCAGGUGGGUGGGGGAGAAGAUCCUCGAGGUGUUCGCGAGGGAGUUUCGCGCUCACCCGGCCGAGGAGUACGAGCGUUGCAUCCGCGCCGGCACCCUGACCGUCAACUAUCAGAAGGUGGACGUGGACUACAGGCUGCGGCACAACGAUCUCCUGGCCAACGUCGUUCACAGACACGAGGUGCCUGUCACCUCGGAGCCGAUCACGGUGAUACACAUGGACGAGGACGUCGUCGUGGUCAACAAGCCCGCCUCCAUCCCUGUGCACCCGUGCGGCAGAUACCGGCACAACACGGUCGUCUUCAUCCUCGCCAAGGAGUACAACCUGAAGAACUUGAGGACGAUACACAGGCUCGACCGACUGACCAGCGGUAUCCUCCUCUUCGGCAGAACGCCGAAGAAGGCGAGGCAGAUGGAGCACCAAAUAAGAAACAGACAGGUUCACAAGCAGUACGUGUGCCGGGUGGAGGGCGAGUUCCCGGAGGAGGAGGUGGUUUGCUCGGAGCCGAUCGAGGUUGUCUCGUACAAGAUCGGCGUGUGCAAGAUCUCGGAGAAGGGGAAGGACUGCGUGACCCGUUUCAAGCGGCUCAGCUACAACGGCAAGUCGUCCGUUGUCCUGUGCAAGCCUCAGACCGGAAGGAUGCACCAGAUCCGGGUCCACCUUCAAUACCUCGGUUAUCCGGUGGUGAACGACCCCCUCUACAACCACGUGGUGUUCGGGCCUGAGAAGGGGAAGGGUGGAAACAUCGGGAAGACGGACCAGGAGUUGGUCAGAGACCUGAUCAGCAUCCACAACGCGGAGAAUUGGCUGGGUAUGGACGGGGACUCGGAGAUGAGUCUGUUCAAGCCGAAGCUGGACAUGGAGGAUCGCGUCUCGUUGAGCAACGACAAGGACGUUGCCUCCUCGCCCUCCUCCACUCCCGGCCUGGCUGAAGAGGAGCAACAGCAACAGCAACAACAGCAACAGCAGGAACAACAAUCGUCGAAGGUGACGGUCGGCACGCAGACGGGAUCCGAGCCGCCCGACUCCAGCUUCACGAACGACAAGAUGACCGUUGACCCGCACUGCUACGAGUGCAAAGUGAAGUACAGAGACCCGAAACCAUCCGACCUGGUCAUGUAUCUGCACGCGUGGCGCUAUUGCGGGCCGGGGUGGGAGUACGAGACCCCGCUACCCGCCUGGGCGGCCAGCGACUGGGCCGAGGAGGAGCGAUAGUCGAGGGGACUAGGGACCCAGGGAGAGAGAGAGAGAAACAGCAGCAGACGACGCCCCUUUUUUGAUAUCCUUACCCCGUGCCUUCCAUCCGCCAUCGAGCGAUCUCGACCAUCGUACACACAUGUAUACCCAUCCCACAUCGCUGGACUCGCGCGUGAAUAUUAAAUUAGGGAGACCUAGGGCCUGGUUGGAGACCUUCGAGUUGGUAGCGCCUCGCCUGCGACCAGAUAUUUCGAGGAUGUUUUCGUUUUCGUAGAAUAUAAUAGAUCUCUUGAUCUCACGAUGAUUGUUGGACGAAUGGCGGGUUCAUUCGAGAUGUUUAAUAGGAUAAUAAAACGUGAAGGAAAGGAUGAUGAUGAUUGAGUGAAGCUUUGGCCUGGUACGGAUCGAUGAAACGAUGAAACUGAUCGGUUCUGUAAACGUCACUGCCGCACGAGAGAAGAUUGAUGCAACCGGAAUGGAUCGUUAUCGUGUUCCUGAUUUAUGAUAAGGAAAAUUUAUUUUCUUUGAUUUUUUCUUUGAUUGGAGAGUAUCUUAAGAACUAUUCCUAUUCUCCUUAAUUAGAAUCCGUUUUCUUUCCAUCGAAAAAUUCAAUUUCUUAUUCUCCUGAUCUAUGAUCAUCAUCCAUCCAUUUAUCCUUUCACGAGUAAAGAUCUGAUUCGAUAAUUCAUCCUCGAGAGAGGCGCGGGCUGACGUAGAGCAAAACUGCAAUAGAGACGAGUCUAUUUUUAUGGCUGAUUAUAUAUAUACGGGAAACUAAAUAGUGGCGCGGGUCCAGCAAGCAUAGGUCUCCAACAAUAAGCGUGAUCUUGCUUAGAAGGAUCAUGCCAAAGAGCGCGAGCGCGUGUCCGGCGAGCGAGAGAGCGUGUGUGAUUGUGUGCGCCUGAAAGAUAACGCGUGAAUGAGAGAGAGAGAAAAGAGAGAUACUUAUUUGAAAUCAUAUCGUGUACGUGUACCUUGUUUUUUACGCGCGUCGAAUGAAGACCGCGUCCAAAUGGCAGGACUUGCAACAAGUACAAUCGAGCGAGUGAAAUAACGAGAUUAACGUCGUACAUUAUUUUGCUACGAGUCACGUUUGUCUCCUCUAGCGGGGCUAUACAUAGGCUUUUAAUCGCGUGCUCAGGAGGUCCGAGAGAGGUGAUGAUGAAAAUGUGAUCUUCGGGAUCUUCUGGUCAUUCUGGAAGAAUGAUGAACAACGUUGAUGAGCCAAAGAUGAAGCUUUUUUUUUUUAAUCGUCUUAUUCUUUUUUUGUAUACCUUCGUGUGAUUUGUAUCUUUUCGUCGAUGAGACUGUAAAAAUCUUGUUCCUCUUUUUCUUGCUUCUAAAAGACUUGUUUGUCUUUUUGUUGAAAUAUAUUUGAAAUAUAUUUGGUCGAUUUUCUUUUUUUUUUCAACUUGAAUUUCUUAUCAUCUGAUUUUCUUUGGUAUCUUUGGCUCAUUGAAUAGGGAUACCAUAUAGAAUGGAUAUUUUGAAGCGAAUUUUUAAGGGUUAUAAAAUAUGUGAUUUUUAAGGACUUAUUAUCCGAUUUGUAAUCUUGUAAAUUACGUUCUCUUGGAGAAAGUUCAAUAAAAUUAAACGCGUAAAGUCGAUUCCUCUUCAGGGAACAUGAUUUACUAUUGGAAGUUUAAUGACAUCGUCAAGAAGGGAACAAAAAAACCAUCUUUUAUACGAAAGCUUUGUAAUAAUCGCCAGCUAAUAAAAAAAUAAAUUAAUCAAAAAAGGAUGAAACCGAAUGAGAAGAUGUUAAAAAGAUAUAUAUAAAAAUUCUCAUUCAAUUCACCUCCCCAGAUUCUCGUGAGCAAGAGGCAAAACAAAAAUCGAUGAAACAGAGAUUUUUAGAUAAAUAGAGAUAGGAGGGAGAUAACGUAACAACGGACCUAUCAUAAAAGACAGUGUGUGCGCUUACUAACUCACCGGAAUAGCUUGCAAAGAAAUAUGAGAUAAAAGAAAAGAAAAGGAAAAAAAAGGAAAAAAAAAAAAAAAUUAAAAAUAAAAAAUUAAAAAAAAAAAAAAUAAUAAGAAAAACAAGCUAUCCCGAUAUUGUAACGGCUAGCUUAAUUUUAUUUAAGUAAAGUAAAAAAGAAGAAAGAAUUAAUUAUCGAUGAUAUAUUGAAUGAAAGGGAGGACAAAAAGGUAGAGAAAUGAGGAACUUCAAAAGACAGUCCCGAUUUUGAGACACAAAAGGAAAGAGAGAGGGAGAGAGAGGGAGAGAGAGGGAGAGAGCGAAAGGACAAGAGAGAAUGAGUGAGAGAAUGUGAGAGAGAGAGAGAGAAAGAAUAUCGGUCUGUAAAUCAAGCGAGCGCUUUUGUAUGUAUAUACAUAUAUAUAUAUUGUAUAUUGUAUACGCACAUUGUACCGUAAUCCGAGCGACAUUAUUAUCUGUAUCCGUAGUCAGCGGAAACAUUAGAGCUAGAAAACUUUUUUCUUGUAUAAUGAACGAAUAAAUGCAACGUAUCGUUCGGUAUACACGUCGUGUGCCAAUGUCCUUUUUAUUUUUCGAUUUUUAUCUCGUCUCGCAACGGUUCCCCCUCUUCUGCGCGCAUUCUUUGGCUUUUUUUCGAUAUAAAAUGUAUUUAAAAAUAUUAAAUAUCUUGCUUUCUGAAAAUAUUCAAUUCAUAAAGAAUAUAUAUAUUUUGACGCAAAAAAAAAAAAUGUUAAAUAUGAUUAUUUGAAAUUGAAAUAUACGGAAUGAUUCAAUCAUUCUUGACAUUAUCAUUUUGAAUAAAUUAAAAAGAAAAUCGAAAACUACAAUUGAAUCAUUCUGUACAUUUUGUUAAAAACUUAUAGGUAACGAAUAAUUAUUAAUUUUAUCACAUUAACGUUAUAAUUUGAUACUUGCUAUAACUCGUUAGAUUCCCAAUGAGAAUGGAAAUCACUUGUAACGAUGUUCGAAACGGAGCUUGAAGCUGUUACUUUCUUGAAUUCCGAUAUCGUUGAAAUAAAAUGCAAUUCUCUUCAAA